AUGGAAUCCGAUUCACCGCAACCGAAACCUCAUCCUAAAAGGUUGAAAACAAACAGAAUCGAUGAGGGAUCAUCAGACCCUUUACCGAUCCCAAAUCUCCCUGAAGAACUCAUCCAGGAAAUCCUUCUGAGACUACCCGCCAAAUCCAUGGGGAAAUUCAAGUGCGUUUCAAAAUCAUGGCUUUCUUUAAUCUCAAGUAAAGAAUUCAUCAAAACCCAUCUCGCCAUUGCAUCUAGAAGGGAUGAUUAUGAACACCAUAGUCUCAUCUUCAGCGUAUAUCCUCAACACUUUAAUGAUUACUUCCGUUCGUGUUUAGUUAAUUUUCACGCAGAGUCCCCUGAAACUGAAACCGCCUGCGCUAAGGUAUCUGAAAUCCGUUCUCUAGUGAAGAAUAAGUCAAUUUGGCCAAUCGGUUCUUGCGAUGGGCUGAUUUGCCUCAGAAAUAUGUACAAUGAUUUGUUUUUGUGCAACCCUUGUACUAAACAAAUUACGAAAUUGCCCAAGAUGAAAGGUAUUGAUUGCGCUCUGAAUUUCGGGUUUGGAUAUGAUAGAUUGAAUUGUGAUUAUAAAAUUGUUGCUUUGAUUCCCACGGCGAUUAACAAUCGGUUUGAACUAAAAGUUUAUAGCUUAAAAUCGAAAUCAUGGCGUGGGAUUAAAGAUCCUAAGGUGAGUGUUAGGGGAAAUCAGUUGGCAGAUUAUUUACAACAUGCAAGUGGAAAGCUCCAUUGGCUGAUUAUUGAUGAUCUUUCGGUUUCGAAAAUCGCUAGCUUUGAUUUGGCAAAUGAAACGUAUGUUGAAGAAAUAGAUCUUCCAAAUAGCAAAGGCGGUUAUCAUUAUCGACUUGGAUUGUUAGGAGACGACCUUUCUUUGCUAUACAACCACGGAACACGCGUAGAUGUAUGGGUAAUGAAGGAAUUCUGGACAGAAAUUGUUUCUAUUCCUUAUGUUAGGACCUCUUUUAAUCAAGGUCCUUACGGUACUCAAGUACUUGCCACAUUGCGGAAUGGUGAAAUACUGUGUCUACGGGAUUCGUAUUUGCUUCUUUACAAUCCAAAGACUAAUAUAUCCAGGAGAUUUCUACAUAUUGGUGAUUUUGGAUGUACAAAAGUUAUGGACCUUGGGCAUUUGAUGAUUGGAAACGUGACGUUGUGUGUUGAGAGCCUACUUUCUCCUGAUAUUUGA